AUGGCUCGUCUCGCUGGAGUUUUCAUGGUUCUCGCUCUCUUCUUCUCUGCUCUGGUUCAAGCGAUUCCCACCAUUCAUGCUCUUGGCUCCAAAUUCUUCACCAGCGAAGGCCAACAGUGGUUUAUCAAAGGAAUUGCGUAUCAACUGAUUGAGGCUGAUCCUCUCGUCAACACCGAGCAGUGCGAGCGCGAUGCCGCCUUGAUGCAUCAGCUUGGUGCGAAUGCCAUCCGCGUCUACCACGUUAACGAGUCUGCCGAUCACUCCGGCUGCAUGAACGCCUUAGCUGCUCAUGGCAUCUACGCCUUUAUUGAUCUAGACAGCUUUCACUCCUAUAUUCGAUUCGAUACUGUAUCUUCAUGGGACAGCAACAAGUCUGAGUCGUAUCGGGCCGUCAUGGACAACUUUCAGCAGUAUGACAACACUGCAGGAUUCUUUGUUGGUAAUGAGGUCCUCAAUUCCCAGCUUGACUCCCAUGCUGCUCCGUACUUGCUGGCUGCUGCUGUCGACAUGAGAAAGUACCGCGAUGCCAAGGGUUACCGCAAGAUUCCAAUCGGUUAUUCAGCCACCGAUACAGGCGCUCUUCGCCCAAUGCUGCAAGACUACGUCGUGUGCCGUCCGGAUGAGAAUGAGCGCAUGGAAUUUUAUGCUGUCAAUACAUACUCCUGGUGCGGCGCUCAGACAACGUACGAGACUUCUGGGUAUCCUAUGCUUCAAAAUUCCUCGCAAGACUAUCCAGUACCGAUCUGGAUGUCGGAAGAUGGCUGCAACACCAACCCUCCUCGUGACUUCAAGGACCAGAAUGCUGUCUUUGGACCACACAUGGUCGACACUUGGUCGGGAGCUAUGAUCUAUGAAUGGAUUCAAGAGCUAAACAACUACGGUCUGGUGAAUUACGGUCCAGUGCUUGACGCUUCGGUUCAAGAAGGCAACAGAGUGGUUCAAGGAUUUACGCGCGAGGGCCAGCCUACCCCCGUUCAGCCAGAUUUUGCCAACCUACAGAAGGUCUGGGCCACCAUAACUCCCUCAGGCGUUGACGCAUCUGCUUACGCUGCCACCUUCAAGACCAAGGUUCCGGAGUGUCCUCUUUCCACGGCCGGCGGAUGGGCUGUCAAUCCUUCGGAAAAGCUGCCCACUCUUGGUGCGGCCCCAGUCAGCUCGGGCAUGCCUACUGGCUUACCUAAAGGAAGCAUUACGGUUACAGGCAUUUCGAGUGCUAAUGCAUCUACGUCCGGCGGCAAUGUAUCGCCAACGGCAUCAGACAAGCCUUCUGGUCCCACCGAGCCGUCGGAUUCGGAGUCCGCCUCAACGAGUGCAGGCGAUGCUUCGGCGACCUCCGCGGGCGCGGCUGCGAAGCUUGGAUCUGGUAUGUUUGGCCGAAGCUUGAGCAGCUUCGAGCCAGUCACCGUGGUCAUUGUUCUCGUCGCUAUUGGCGCGGCCUUCGUCCUCUUCCUUUGA